AUGCAGCGCGUCAAGAAUAUUGACUACGACGAGGACGACGUCUACUCUGACGAUGAUGACUACGGCGAAGACGGAGGAGGAGGUUAUACUCAAGAAGACAAGGACAACUUCGCAAGCUUGACACCAGUAGUGCGUGCAGAAUUGGACGAGGCAGGCGUUCCAGCAACGACGGCGCAAAUCGAGGAAGCACUAUGGCACUACUACUGGGAUGUUGGCAAGAGCGUAGCAUAUCUGAAGAACGCAAACACAACUCGGCAGCCUCAGCAGCAGCAGCAGACUCCGAAGAAGGACAAGCCAAAGUCAAAGUUCGAUCAGGCGGCCGCGCAGGUUGCGCAGAAUGCAGGUGAGUCUUGUGCUUCCAUUUCUGCUGUGAAUGGAAACCGUACAGUGUGUACGGAGGCUCUGCGGGGCAUACCUGGCAGAGGUGCGCUACGACCCUACAUCCAAGACUCGGUUAGCCACUGAUGACUUGUAUGUAGUGCAUUGCUCAAGCUCUUGGUUCGAUGGGGUUCCUUGGACCAGCGUCUCUACAAAGAUGCUCGGCGAAAUAGUACCGACCAUGUCCCAACCCAGGAUCGGACUUUUAGGAGGAUCAUCAAAGCUGGCCAAAUUGGCCGAGGAGCGCCGAAAGAAAGCUGCAGCAUGUCAAGCUUCGCCUACAGUAGCUCUUGCCGAAUCACUCAGCUCGUUGGAUCGAUUGAGCAAGAAAGACACCAAGGAGAACGAGCCGCCAAGGUUAGAGCCGAAGAAAUAUCCCAUUCGCAGGAAGCGGUCACCUACUCCACCACCGAAAGCCCAAACACCUCCUCCCGAGGAACCGAAAGAAGAGCUACCAGAUCUGCGUUCUUCACCCUCCGCGUUUGGCAAGACACUGUCAAACGGUCCGGAGCAGCACCAUGGCGCCAAACGGAUGUCUGUCGAAGAUGUGUUUGGCCCUGGGUACAGCUCAGAUCCAUUUAAAGAACCCUCGCCUGACGAUGCCGUGCUCAAAGCACAAGACAGAAGCAAGGGAAUGGACAAGUGACGAAGGCUGACCUAUUUUUGUACGAUAGAAAAGGUAAAGGCUAGCCAGUCGGUCAAUGGCCUUGCGAAGAAGACCGAGUCUCUCAAGGUGGACUCUGCAGCACCCGCAAAGCAGCAGAAGAUCAAUAGCAAAGGUCUCGACGUGCCGAAGCUUUGGGAAAACGAGAGGUCCCAUCGCAAGACGCCAGCGGCUUUUGUGGUGAUAGGGCAUGUCGAUCAUGGGAAAAGCACCCUUAUGGGACGGCUACUUCUAGACACCGGUGCUGUAUCGCAGCGAGACAUUGACAAGUACAAGAAACAAGCGACGGAGAUGGGAAAGUCUUCUUUCGCUCUGGCUUGGGUCAUGGACACAGGUGAGUAGCGUGCGCAAACAUCAGCGGGAUAGCGAUCAGUUGUCUGCAGUGUCAUCCAAAUGCUGAAGUGGAAGAUCUGACUUCGAACAGGAUCGGAGGAACGAGAACGGGGCGUCACCGUCGACAUUGCUCAGCAUCACUUCACAACAGAUAAAGUCGACUUCACCAUUCUGGACGCCCCUGGUCAUCGAGACUUCGUGCCCAACAUGAUUGGCGGCGCUUCGAUGGCAGACCUCGCCGUGCUCGUUGUGGAUGCCAACCAACUAGAAUCGGGCAUGAAGGGCCAGACCCGCGAGCACAUUCUCCUUGCGCAUGCUGUCGGACUCCGACGUGUUGUGGUCGCUGUGAACAAACUCGACUCCACCACACCUGCCUGGAGCGAAAGUACAUUUGAAUCUGUGAAAGGCGAGAUCCAAAAACUUCUCAGGAAUACGGGCUUUCGGGAUGCCGACGUAGCCAUAGUGCCCUGCAGCGGACUGAGCGGCGAGAAUGUCGUGAAGACCCCAUCAACCGGCUGGAUCAAGGACAAAUAUCCUACACUAUUGCGACAACUCGAGAUUUCAGCACCUGUCAACACAUCUGCAGAAGCUGUGCAGCAACCGCUGAGGAUGCAGAUUGCGGAUGUGUUUCGCGGCGGAAUUACCAACCCUCUCUCCAUCGCCGGCCGUAUCAGCAGCGGCAAUGUGCAAGUUGGCGAUGUCGUCGUCAUACAGCCGAGUGGAGAGUCGGCUAAUAUCAAGGGCAUCGAGACUAGUGGACAAGCAAGAGAGUACGCUUUCGCUGGAGAGAUACCGACUUUGCACUUGGUGAACAUAGACCAACAGCAUCUUCGGAGUGGAGACGUCACAUGCACACCUCAGAAGCCUAUUCCAGUCGUCAAGAGUGCCAUUCUCAAGGUCAAGGCUUCCAGUAGUCUACUGCCACAGAAGGUCGAUGUCCAUGUGGGGCGUCUGUACAAGCCAGGGAGCAUUGCGUUGGUUGCUACUCUGAAGGAUGACGAGGUGCUUAAGAGGAGGCCUCGGGUGGUGAAGGCGGAGCAGAUGGCACUUGUGAAGCUCACAUUGGAGGAUGCAAGUAUUCCUCUGGAAGCAGGAACAGGCAUUGUGCUGCGGGCCGAAGGCACCACCAUAGCGGCAGGAACAGUGCAAGAUAACAGUUAG